UGGGCGCCGAGCCAGUGGCCGCCGCGUCGCCUCCGCCGCCAAACGGCGCGCUCGGAUCGCACUGUCCCGCGGUAGACUGGCUUUGUGGCCGUGCGUGCGUGCGAGUUAGUGUGCGUGUGUGCGCGCGCUCGCCUGUGUGGGGUGUGGGUGGCUGUGCGUGCUUGCGAGCCGGCCUGCAGGAGGCGAGGCUCUCCUGGCCGCCCUAACUAACCAGUUGACCGAGCCCCGGGAGGAAAGUUGCCGCAGCCGCCGGGGCCGCUGGCCCUUCUGUCCCCUGGCCAGGUACACAGUUUCUCCUAGCAUGACUGCGAUCUGAUCAGCAACCACGAGAAUUGGACUCCUGUGUCUGGCGCCGUAGUGCUGGGGCCUGGUCACCGCCCACAACUACAGAGCUGCCAUGGCUGCUGCCUCUACUUCCACCCCUGUAAUUUCUCAGCCCCAGUUCACAGCCAUGAAUGAACCACAGUGCUUCUACAAUGAAUCCAUUGCCUUCUUUUAUAACCGGAGUGGAAAGUAUCUUGCCACAGAAUGGAACACAGUCAGCAAGCUGGUGAUGGGACUUGGAAUCACCGUCUGUAUCUUCAUCAUGUUGGCCAACCUACUGGUCAUGGUGGCAAUCUAUGUCAACCGCCGCUUCCAUUUUCCUAUUUAUUACUUAAUGGCUAAUCUGGCUGCUGCGGACUUCUUUGCGGGGUUGGCCUACUUCUACCUAAUGUUCAACACGGGACCUAACACUCGGAGACUGACGGUCAGCACGUGGCUCCUCCGUCAGGGCCUCAUUGACACUAGCCUGACUGCAUCUGUGGCCAACUUACUGGCUAUUGCAAUCGAGAGGCACAUCACGGUUUUCCGCAUGCAGCUCCACACGCGGAUGAGCAACCGGCGGGUGGUGGUGGUGAUUGUGGUCAUUUGGACGAUGGCCAUUGUCAUGGGUGCUAUACCCAGUGUGGGCUGGAACUGCAUCUGUGAUAUUGAAAAUUGUUCCAACAUGGCACCCCUCUACAGUGACUCGUACUUAGUUUUCUGGGCCAUUUUCAACUUGGUGACCUUUGUUGUAAUGGUGGUUCUCUAUGCUCAUAUCUUUGGCUAUGUUCGCCAGAGGACUAUGAGAAUGUCUCGGCAUAGUUCCGGACCCCGGCGGAAUCGGGAUACCAUGAUGAGUCUUCUGAAGACUGUGGUCAUUGUGCUUGGUGCCUUUAUUAUCUGCUGGACUCCUGGAUUGGUCUUGUUACUUCUCGAUGUGUGCUGUCCACAGUGUGAUGUUUUGGCCUAUGAGAAAUUUUUCCUUCUGCUUGCCGAGUUCAAUUCUGCCAUGAACCCCAUCAUCUACUCCUACCGUGACAAGGAGAUGAGUGCCACCUUCAGACAGAUCCUCUGCUGCCAGCGCAGUGAGAACACCAGCGGCCCCACGGAAGGCUCAGACCGGUCAGCUUCCUCCCUCAACCACACCAUCUUGGCUGGAGUUCACAGCAAUGACCACUCUGUGGUUUAGAAAGGAAACUAAGAUGAGAAGCGAGCCAUCAUCGACUGAGGGAUGAACAGCCUCCCCCUACCCAAUACAAGGUGGGGUGCGAGAGAGAGAGGAAAAAUAAACUCACGUACUUAAACACUAACCAGUGGCAGUAUUUGUUCCUAGACCCAACAAGACUUGAUAUAUAUUGAAAAUUAGCUUAUGUGACAACCCUCAUCCUGAUCCCCAUUCCUUUUGAAAGUAGAAAGUGGAGAUCUUGCAAUGGAAUUCAUAAAUAGACUCUGGAUUGUCCAUGUGGACUACACUAACUAGACUUCAAAAGGUUUUGUGUGGUUUGGUGUAAGUCGGAAUAAAUUCUGACUAAUUGAACCCACAACUUCAUUUACAUACAGGCUGCCCCUUUUCAUUUUUAAAGGAUACAUUUCAUUUAAUAAACAUGUUUAUGCCUAUCAGCAUGCUUGUGAUGGAUAAGACUAAGACUAUUUUUACACUACCAUAACUCCAUUUUUUUCCUUAUGUAGGAAAACUGUAAAUUAGAAUUCUUUUUUUAGGAAGCAUGCAUAUAAUGUAUGUAUGCAGUAUGCCUUAGUUAAAAAGAUAAAAGGGUGUUAAUUUUAAAUCUUCUAGGAAAUAGAAGAACCUAGAUGUCGAAGCCAGUAUUUGUUUAGGUUAUGAAACAAACAAUGCUCUAAUCACAAUAUUACCUUUUUAUAAAGUGUUGUAACACAUAUAAAACAAAGAGGGCAUGUAAGUUUAUUACCAAAAGUAUAUGUACUCUAAAAAAGUCAUAGAAGAUGAAGUACAGUAAUAUUGCUCCCACAUAUUUAUGAUACCCAGUACUUUCUAAUUGUCAGUACAUCAGAGGAAUUUUUUAAUAGCCUGUGUUUUUCUGUAUUAUAAAAUAAUACAUAGACAUUGUAGAAAACUUUAAAAAUGCAGAAAUGUAUAAAACAGAAAAUAAUUACUGAUAGUAUCACAACUCGGAAGUAACCACCGUUAACAGCUUUUCCCCCGUGUAUGCCUAUAUGUGUAUAUUAUAUACCUUUUUAUAUAAUUGGGAUCAUACUGUAAACAAUUUUAUAGCCAGCUCUUUUUUCCACUGCAGAAUUGCCACAUUUUCCUGUGGCAUUAAAAAUUUUACAAAAACAUAAUUUUAAUGGCUAUAUCAUAUUCCAUUUAAUGGACGCAACUUGGUUUAUUUAACCAUUCCUGUAUCAUUGACUACUUACAUUAUUUCUAAUUUUCACUAUUAUAAAUAAUAAUGCGAAAAUUUUGUGUACAUAAAACUUUGUCCAUAUAAUUAUUUACUUAGGACAUAUUCCCAUGAAGGAUUUUUUUAAAAAUGUGAAAUGUCUUUUUAUGCUCUUACCUUUUAUAAAAAGGGAUUUCCUGCUUUGCACCGCAUGGGUGACACUUGUGAGGAAAGCCAGUUAAAUUACCGUUUUACAAAGGAAAUGCAGUGGUUUCUUUAGAGUGACUUUUUUAAUAUAACAAGAUGGCCUAGAAACAGUCAACUGUCAUAAAUAACAAGGACACCCUAGUUAAUAUGUCUGGAAAUUCCAAAUUUUGUUUGAGAGACUGAUUAUCCAGCUCUUGGUAGCCAUGACUGUCGUGUAGAAUUGGAGAAAAUGCAAAGAAGUCAAAGAUGCCGAGUGAAUAAAGGAUCUUCAUGUUAAACAGCUUGGACCCUUCUGUAGCAAAUGGGUAGAGUGUGUUGGUAUGUGACUGGAUACCAUGCAUUAUCUACGUAAGCUAGUAUUUGCACCAGUUUGUUAUAAUAAGAAACCAGUAAAGUCAUAGUCAUGAAGCAAGUAUGGGAAAGUCAGGAGUAUGGUUAAGAGAAAGAUGUCUGGGAGAAAAAUGGUUGUGUAGGAAGGAGGAAUUCAGUGCAUGGUCACCAUUGGAGCAGAGGGCAGACUUAUCAAGUGCCCAAAGUGAAAAGAAGGUGGAGAACCAGUUAGCAGAAAGGUGUUUGCACAUACUUUAUACAAAAUACAGAGCAUUUUAUGUUGGAAGUGAAAGCAAUGAACUUGGACUUCUACUCAUGUGCAUAUAUUCUGAAGGAGAUAUGGACUAUUUGAAAUUAAAAACAUACUAAUUGGAUCUUAAUAAAUCAUUCUCAAUUCGUG